AUGCUCUUCGAGAUCUACACUGUCUAUCAGAGAGCAGAUGUACUUACAAAAGCUUUAGGUGGACCAGUACAUUCGGUGAAUAUGUCAGCGAUACGUGUAGAACCACCGAAGAAGAAAAACAUUGGUUCAGUAUACGUGACAUUAGAUGAUGAUGAAAUCAUCGAUUACGAUUAUUCUGAAUUCGAGGACCUAGGAGAUCUGUCAGGUGGUACAGAGAACGAAGUGGUACCAGAGAGAGAAGUAGUAUCAGAAGGAGAAGUGUGGGUGGAAGGAACUUCAGAGAAACCCACCGAAGGUACCACCGAAGGAAAAGUUCUCGUGAGCCAAAAUGUAAAAUUUUCAGGUGUACCUAAGAAUAAACCACCGGUAGAACCUAGGAUCGUUAGAGAGAUGAAAGAGAAGGAACAGAAGAGAAGGGAAGGACGGCUACAUGGUGAGAUGAGAGAGAAAACUAAAUAUUCCCCAUCUCAACAUCACGACCCCUCAUUUCGUCGUCCAAGACGUCCCUUACCUCCCCUUCCCAAGCCUCCAUCUCGUGAAUCAUGUCGAAUAAGGAGGAUGAGGCCCCCUGUCCACCACGAGAGGCCGCCGCCAAGAGAAACCGAGCGUAGGCCAAGGUGGCCAGCAACAUCUGAAGAUAAAAGAUUAUCAUUGGAGAGAAUUCGAGAAAUCAGUCUAGAUAAUGACAGAAUCAAUAAACAGCGUACCUUUUCUCUCCGAUUCCCUCCAGAAACCAACCAGGAGAAACCCACGACGAGACAUAAUGAUGAUUCUUAUAAAAAUAAAAGAUUUCCGACGAGUGGCGAAACUGUGAUAUCUCGUCAGCCAGGACCACGAAGGAAAUUCAUCGAUUCUCGGGAUCCUACUAGCAAACCUGAAGUUUUAAGAAGCAGACAGGAUAAAGGGAAGUUCAGAGAGUCAGAAAUGAGAGAUAGAAGUGGAGAAAGACGAAAGAUGGACAUACCGAUAAUUGGAGAUAAAAGUGAUGAAGUAAAAGGAAAGAUAGAGAAGAGUCAGUCGUUGGUAGCGAAUCGGGCCAGGACGGCCGAACCGCCGUUAGAAUUACCCCUUCCGUCGAAUAUUUCUCCGUUCAACUUAUCCUCUGAACUUUAUUCGAUCGUCUCUGGUUUUAUGCGUAGGCGUCUACAAGAGUUUCGGGGUUCUUACGUGACGUGUAAUUUAGGUACUGAUUAUCACUAUCUAACAGGUGUGGCACAAUCAGCAAACACUCUCCACACCGGAUGUCACCUCUCCGUGCGCGUCCAGGCCAGGGGCUUCGGUGAAGGAGUCAUCAAAGCACCUUGA